AUGUUGCAGCAUGAUGAUGCCCUCGCUGCCUCGUUUGCCAUGUUGCUUUGGGCUAUAUGGAAGCAACGUAACAAGGUAAUGUUCAAUAACGCAGAAGCUGACUUGUUUGGCACACAUAGAAUGGCAGUCGAGCUCUUGAGUGAGUGGCAACAAGCGGGACACAAAGGGUCAGAACAAAGGUAUGCACAGGAUGAUAACUCAACAGCUUCAAUUGUGGGAUGGAAAACGCCACCUGUUGGUGCUAUGAAGAUCAAUAUUGACGCUGGAUGGACAGGAAACGACGGGUUGGGCAUGGCAAUGGUGAUACGGGAUCAUGAGGGAACUUGUAUGUAUGCUGAGACAGCCUUUCUUGAGAACCGAUUAGAACCGACAAUGGCGGAAGCAACAGCUCUUAGGUGGGCACUUAAUCGUGCUCAGGCUUUGGAGUUGGAUAAUAUAAUCUUUGAAUCUGAUGCUUUGACGGUGGUUAACAACUUUAAUAGUGGCCGGGGAAGGGCAGAGCUGGAACCAAUUCUACAAGACUGUCGGAUGCUUGCAACACAGUUUUCUGUUUUUAGACUUCAACAUGUUAAAAGGGAUGCCAAUAAAGUAGCUCAUAUCCUAGCUUCAAUAGCGGCAGAGUAUCCUAGCCAUUGUUGGUGGGAUAAUUUCCCUUCUCAAAUUCAAGCUGCGCUUUUAGCAGAUGUAUUUUCAGUUAUCAUUUAA